AUGGAGUCAUCCUCAAAGGGUCUGCUUACCCAGGUUACUCAGUUCUGGAACCUCUUAGAUGAUCUGGCUGAAAGUAACCCUGAGAGCUAUCAGAAGUUCAUUCAACAGCAGCUCAAAGAGGGGAAAGAGCUCUGUGCUACCCCAGAACCACAGCUCUGUCUACAAACCAGGAUUCUGAAACCAAAAGAAAAAUUACUUUUUAUCAACCUAUGUCAGUGGAAAAGGAUCCCAGCUCCAGAAUCAGCCACUCAUCCAGUACCUCUAAGUAUUGGCAGACCAGAAGAUACAUCUGAGACAUCAGAUGUUUACACAGUCAUCGAUGUUGCCUAUCAUCCUGAUGUUCUCCAGGCAGCAGAGAAAGACCAAGUGAAAAAAGAUCAACUGAUACGGAUGGCCAUGAAAUGCAUUGAGGAACAACUCCAACUUACUCUCUCAAACUGUUACUCUAUUACCAAAUUUAGAAUAAAAGGAAGCAUUCAAAGAAUGAAACAAAAUCUGAUGGGAAUCCAAACCAAUCCCGCAGGCUUAAGAGAGAAAAUGAGAAACGAACUAACCCUUGAAAAGAUAAGAAGCAGUACUGUGAGCAAUUCAGAUCAGUUUCCUCAACUUUUACUGCCGAAAGACCAAGUUUCAAGUAAAACAGCAUGUCUGAUAGAAGAAAUUUCUAGUACAGAGACUGAAGUGGAGAUGAAGAGACCAGCCUAUGAAUUAAAACUUGUGGCAGAUCAGAAUGAGAAACCUCUGAAAAUUGAAUUGAAAGUUGAAUUACCUGGUAUUAAUUCAGUAUCUCUCUGUGACCUUAGUGUUUCUGAGGAUGAUAUAUUGAUCGAGGUCUCUGAAAAGUACAGAUUAUAUCUAAAUCUUCCAGAAUCUGUGGAUACUGAAAUGACUACAGCAAAAUUUAUCAAAGAGAAAGCCACUUUAAUCGUCACAAUGCCAUUGGUACUUGCACAUUUUAAAAAUGAAUGA